GCCAGCGACUUCUACUUGACACUCUGCAAGACUCGAUAUUUCUCUGCAGCAACCGCAACUCGCUGCAACAACCCCGCUCCCUCAACGAACCGCAGAUUCAACUUCUUACCAGCGCCGUAUCCAAAUUAUCAUGAUCUAGUUCCCGCGCAUCGCGCAACUGCCGGGAGCAUCUCAAAAGGCAAUCGCGAAACCUGAUAAUUCGACUCCGACAGUUACCAUGCCAGCCGAAACGAACGCCACACCUGGCAAGCUCAAUGACGAUGACUGGCGCAUGCAGGAGGCCCGCGAUGACGCCAAAAUCCAGGAACUCCAAGAGGGCCUUAGCGGCGGCGAUGUUGGCGAACUCCUUGCUAAGAUCGAGCAAGGCGCCUCAUUCGACCAAGCCGGCAAGGCCGACGAUGCUAUUGACUACGAGGAUAUCGACCUUAGCGACGACGAUUUACCCGAUGAUGAACAACCUGCUAGCCGCGCGAGCGGCGACGGCCCGGGUUUAAUCGACGACCAUGAGGACGAUGACGAUGACCUUUUCGGCGAAAAUCUCCCCUCGUCGCCUCUAGGUGUCAACGGCGACCUCGCGUCGUCGCCCCAUCCCAUGGAUGCCGACGAUGAAGAUCGCAUGCAAGUCGACGAGGAACCGCGCGAGUCUCUAGAGGAUCUCAUCGCCCUGAACUUCGACCACGGCCCGAAACCGAGCGACGCGAACCAAGACCCGAACAUCCCCCCUCCGGCAGAAAGUCUUGCCGAAGCCGUAAAGCAGGCGUUCCCGGGAUUCCAAGAACGGUCCGUUCUUCCCUGGAACGAGAUGCUUCGCCCAAAACAGGCUCACUGGAUCUCCAAGAAACCCGCCAAGCCCCCGAAACCGCUGGUACCGACAAAGCUCAGCUUGGAUCUCGAAGCCGACCAGGAAAAACUGUUUCGUAUUUCCGGCCCGGCCUCGUCGUCUGUCCGUCAAAAGCUUCGAGAUGCCGAAAUUCGCGGUCUCGUCUCCCUCGAGGAGCCCGAGCCCUUGGAACAGGCAGACCUCGAGGUCUUCAACAUCGAAGACGAAUCCGAUUCCGAGCUUGUGGGAGGUCUCACGCUUCGCGACAUCGCCCUAGUCUGCGACGAUUGGGACCCCAUGAUUGCCCUUGGUGAUUCCGUCCCCGCCCAGACCUCCGCCCCGGCCCAAACCAGCAACAUCCCCGACAACAUGCUCAUUAAGACUGAGCUUGACGGAGAGGAUGACGACUGGGACAGGAUGUUCCUUGACGGGCCACCAAAGAAACGGUCCCGGGAAAUCCCCAAGGGACUCCCGCCCAUCCCGCGGUUCACGGCGCCCAACUUUGACAACUUCGAGGAGGCUACUUCCAAGCUGGGGAAGCGCGUUAUUCUCGACAUGAAUGACCCCUACCUUCUCAUCGACGACGUCGAAUCGGAGCGCGUCGCUAAAAGGCGCAAGAUCCAACAUAAGACGGUGCGCAUGGCCAACGGCCGCCUCGGUCGGGAGUUGUCGCAGCGCUUCAACUUCUCGUCCGACACCGCCUAUGACGCUCUAAAGGAGAACAGCCAGAGCAAGGUCCGCGCCACGCUGGCCUCAAUCCCAGUCGAACACAGCAUGGCGGCGAAGAGGCUCUCGUGGCCCUACUACAAGGUCAAGCUAUCUGCUAGCGACCCGCAUAGCUACCAUCGACCCCAGUUCCACCCACGGAGAGACGCCUUCCACCCGAUAAAGCUGAAGCCUCCGAUGCUGAAGAAGAAGAAGCAGCUCAAGGGCAAGCGAAUUUCCGAACUCUUCCAGGCCUCGUCAGACCUCACCAUGAAUGACAACUCGACCGCCAUCCUCUUUGAGUACUGCGAGGAGAUUCCCAUUGUGCUGUCCAACUUCGGCAUGGGCCAAAAGAUCAUCAACUACUACCGCCGCUCUAAAGGGACCGAUGCUAGACCCGAAAAGCGGGAACUCGGCGAACCCUAUAUCUUGAUGCCCGAGGACCGCUCACCUUUCGCCAUGGUCGGCCAAGUCCACCCGGGCGAGACGGUCCCCACACUGCACAACCAAAUGUUUCGUGCUCCCAUCUUCAAGCACUCUCCCAGGGACACCGACUUCAUUCUCGGCCGAAGCAGCACGGGCAAAUCCGGUUCGUCGUGGUACCUCCGCAACAUCGACCACCUCUACGUCGUUGGCCAGAUUCUGCCCUCGAUGGAGGUGCCGGGGCCACAUUCCCGGCGGGUCACGAACAUCGCCAAGAACCGCCUGAAGAUGGUGUCGUAUCGGCUUCUGCACCGGAGCGACAACGUCACCCUGACCGACAUUACCCGCCACGUUGCUGACUCCAACGAGUCGCAGAACCGUCAAAAGCUCAAGGAGUUCCUCCAGUUCCGCAAGGAACAGAGGAACUGGGUCCUCCCCGAGGGUGAGGAACUCAUGCCCGAAUCUGAAAUCCGGGAGCUCGUCCGCCCGGAGGAGGUCUGCCUCCUUGACGCGAUGCAAAUCGGCGCUCACGAGCUCGAGAACGGCGGUUAUGAAGUCAACGACGCGGUUUUCAAGGACGACGACUUAUUGGAGGGCGACGAGCUCCCCCCGGACGCGCUUGCUAACAAAAUGGCGCCGUGGCGGCUCACUAAGGCCUUCAUCGACGCGAGCCAUGGAAAAGCUAUGAUCGCCGUCCAUGGCCCCGGAGAUCCGACCGGCAAGGGUCUCGGCGUCAGCUAUCUGCGAACCUCGAUGAAGGGUGGCUUCCUCGAGCAGCUUCACGGUCCGCUUGCGACCUCAGCCGAUGCCAUAGAACGGCAGCGUAAGGCGAACGGCGGCCACAUGUACAACGUCAAGAAUCAGGACAGUCUCUACACAGAGUCCCUGCGAGACAUCUGGACCAGGCAGAAGCAGAGCCUCGAGGACGCCCAGGAGCACGACGACGACGACGUUCUCGCCCAGGAGGACGAGGACGAGCGGUUCAACGUGCAGAAUCAGGCCGCCCAGCUGGCAACCGUGCCGGACGGUGUGAGCCAAGUGAGCCAAAGCCAGGCCAGCGCCCUGAACUGGCGCAAGUUGAAGAUCAUCCGCGAGGUCAGGGAUGAUCAAGGUGAAAUCCAGACCGUCACCGAGAUUGUGCAUGACCCAGUCGUCAUUGCGCAAUACAGCAAAAGGAGACGGCAGAUGGAAUUUGAGAACAUUGACAUUUACAACGUCAAACUCACCGGCGACCCGGACAAGGAUGAGCUCAUCCUCGAAAAGGCCCGCAUCGAACAGGAGCGGCUAGAAAAGAACAAAGAGCGGCGUAAGAAGCGCGAAAAACAGAAGAAGCUCCAGCAAAAGAUGCGGGACGGAGGCGCCGUCGGGGACGAGGGCUCCCCCGAGCCGACCACGGAGAAAGUAACGGGUACGACCCGAAAGUGCGCCAACUGUGGCCAGGUCGGCCACAUCAAAACCAACAAGAAGUACGUAUGCCCGCCCUGUUUACGGGAGGAAGCAGCCAGGCGCCGUCGGAAGGGCCCCACCUUCAUCACACGCCAGAAGUCUGGCAAGCGUGACAGAUGGCGGACCACCCAGGACCCCCGCGAGGGCGACCCCUUUUGGGAUUGCCGCCUGUGGGAUUCAAGCGACUUCCAGUGCGGGAUGGACUCGAAUCCGCCGCCGAAACGCAAGCCGAAGAAGCAAGUUCGUUGGGACAAUAGCGAGAAUUGGGGAUAGGGUCAGAGCAUGCAUCCACCUCUGAACCUGGGCCUUUUACCUCGCGCUGGCAAAAGCAAAUCAAAACGACCGUGGGACGGAUAGCAGGUUGGCGG